AUGUCUUUGGUUGAUACAAUUAGAUAUUUGAAAAAGAAUAAAGAACAAAAAUAUAUUGAAAAGGUUAGUCAAAAUGAAAAUAUUAUUUCAAAAGAAGAAAACAUUCAAAAAAUCCUUGAAAUGUAUCAAAAUCCUUUAAAUAAUAAGAAUAUUAUUUUAGCAAUUUAUAGUAGAAUUAAAGAAUCAUCACUUCAUUUUAUUGGAUAUUCUAAAUUAAUAAUAUUAGUAUAUCGAAUUAUUACUGAAGACCAAAAUAAUAUUUUACUUGAAAGUCUUAGAGGGAAUUUAAAUGUUUUUGAGAAUAAUAUUCCUAUAGAUUCUAAAGAAGAACAAUUUAGAGAAACAUGUUUUUUUAAAUUAAGUAUUACAUUAAGUAAAAUGAUUGAUUGGAUUUCAUACUUUUAUUCAAAUUUUAAUAUUCUUUUUGAAAAAGAUAUUGAAAUAAUGGAAUUUUUAUAUCCAAAAAGAAGGAAAAGAACUCUUUUAAUAUGUGAAAAAAUGAUUGAAAUGUUUAUUGAUUUUAAUAUUGUUGAUUGGAAUUGUACAAGGAAUUAUAUAACCACAUUAAAUUAUCAAAUGAUUGAUAUUUUACUCAGUAUUUAUGCCAAAGUAUUUUGUAGAUUGUUUAAGUAUAUUUCAGCAAUUAUUCAAAAUAUUUUAUUAUUUAUUCCAGAAGAUACUAAUAGAGUGAUAAAAAUUUUAGAACUAUUCAAUAAAGUUUUUGAAUCUUUUUUAUAUUGCAUAAGAUCAAAAGAGAUACAAUAUCGUUUUAUUGAUUUACCUAAAAUUGAGUUAAUUUCAUUGGAAGAAAUAAUUCAAUUCAUUACAAAAUAUAAUUCUAUGGAUAAAGAAAGUAGAUCAUUUAGUGAAAUUGCAUUAAAACUUAUGAAAUAUAAAGUUCUUUCUAAUAAAGUUAAUUUAGAACUUGUUCGUUUUACUCAUAGAAUUAUAAGUACCUUAGUUUCAUCUAGAAUUAAAUCACACUCUAGUUCUAUAUUAUCUUCAAGAUCUAGUACUCCUAGAGAAAUGAAAAUAUCAUUUAAAUAUUCAAUUAAACAAGUUAAUAGAAAUAAUACUCCAAUGAAUGUUUUACAAAAUCAUGAAAUCUUCAAAACACCAAGAAGAUUACCAUCUCCAAUGGAACGAUAUGAUAUUUUUAUUCCAUCAGAUUAUAUUAUUCCUAAACCUAUAAGAAAAGUUUCAACAAAUCUUUUUGAAGAAGAAGAAGAAGAUUUAAAUUUUGUAUUAUGA